CAGUAGCAGUAGCAUACAAAUCCUAAAGACCACCAUGUUUUAUUCCCAUCUCAGUCAAUGUAAAAUUCUUGAUGACCAGUAACUGGUUAUAGCCCAUGAAACUAACAAUUAUUUUUUUUAACGGUUCAAAUAUUACAAUAAUAUUGUUCAUUUUGUGUUCAUUUUGAAACGAUCGAUGGAUCAAGACACCCCCCAACCCCGCUCCCUCUCCCCAAUAAAAGAAUAUAUAUAUAGGGAAAAAACUGAAGAAAAAGAAAGACACCUGAUUUGGCAUUUCUUCCAGCAGUAAAUCAUGAAACAAAUCAUUCUUCCCAGUAAAAACACGCAACGAAUUAAUAUUGACGAAAUCACAGUGAAAAGUGAUAAGUUUGAUACUUGUACAUGUCCCCUUCAUCAAUCAAGAGGCCCCAUUUCUCGGCUCUUCUCAUGGAACGCAAGUCCUCCAAGCAUCAGCAGAAGAUACCUCAAGAUGUGGCCACCAGUUUUUCACAAAAAAACAUGGCACUCGACAAGCUAGAAGAUGAUAGUAAGAAGAGGCAAUUAGCCCCCAAGAGGAGUUCAAACAAAGACAGGCACAAAAAGGUUGAAGGCAGAGGAAGAAGAAUAAGGAUUCCAGCACUUUCUGCAGCAAGAAUAUUUCAGUUGACUAGAGAAUUAGGCCACAAAACUGAUGGUGAAACCAUCCAGUGGCUUUUGCAACAGGCUGAGCCAUCAAUUAUUGCCGCGACGGGCACUGGAACUAUUCCAGCUUCAGCUAUAACAGCAGCGGGGGCCUCCGUUUCUGAACAGGGUAGCUCCGUUUCAUCUGGUUUCUAUUCUAGAUUGGGUGAAACUGUGCCAGGAGUGGGACUCAGGCCUAAUUUAUCUAUGAUGGGCGAAGAUAUUCUUGGCAGAUCCAUGGGGGUAUGGCCUUCUUUUAGUGGUUUUGGAUCAGGGAUUUUGCAGAAUUCUAGUGUUUUGAGCUCAAAUCCAGUUGCCAAUCUAUCACGUGUGAGUAAACAUGGGUUUCAGGCGUUUGAGUUUCCAGGUUCAGUGAGUUCAGGCCAAAUGCCAGGUUUGGAGCUUGGUCUUUCUCAGGAGGGGCAAAUUGGAGGGCUAAAUCUUCAAACAUUUACCCAGUUUUAUCAGCAGAUAGGGCAGACUGGAGAUUGUGGCGGUUCAACUAAUCAUCAGGAGCAAGAUCACGGUAAGGAAAAUUCUCAAGGAUCAAGACAAUGAUGAUAGGUUUGAAGAUGGGUGUUUUGGGCUACUCUUGGAUUGAACAUGAGUAGCAUUACAAGGAGUUGAAGGGUGCUUGCUUGAGGUUUGUUUUUGUUUCAUAUUAUAUAGUAGUACAAUUGAGAAACGAUGGAGUUGAGAGAAUUAUUCUGAACUCAGUGUUAUGUCUAUACACUUGGAGGCUCCAUUUUGCUGCAAGAUUUGCUUCUUGUUUUGCUGCACGGCUCUGUUGAAAUGUCCAGAAACAGUUGCAGUGUGGAGUAAGUAUAAGAGGGUGCAAUGAAGACUCGUUGUGAUUGUACUCGUUAAUAUCCAAUUUUGAGGCGUGUUGUCAGUUUUGGGAACAUAGUUUGGCUUGUAUUUAAUAAUAGAUGCACAUGAAUUUUUUAGUGAGGUUAUGCCUUGUUUGUUAAAGCUUUGGAACUCGCUUGAAAUAGAAGACCUACAGUUUAUUACAACAUG